AUGGGAACACUUCGAGACAUGAUAAAUGCCUUGCCAGGAAGAUUCAGCUUCCGACAUAGAACACGGAAUACUUUCAAGCUCUCGUUUCGUCGCAAGAAGAAUAAGAAAAAGAACAACGAAGCUUAUGAGCAAACUGAGCCAGAACUUCUGAGUUACUCCGUGCUGACCGACGAAGAGCUUACUGCCGAGAUCAUCGAGCUCAAAACUCUUUCCGAUGAACUGGGCGCACGUUCAAAAGAUGGAUAUGGUCCAGUUUUCAAUAUUGCCACCAAAGAGAUUGAGAAGAGACUCACCCCACAGAUUGUUGCCCUGAUGCUGGAAAAGUUCUUCGCGCCCAGUUUCCGUUUACCAUCGGGAAUCAACAAUCCGUCCAAAGAGUGCUUUGCCAUCGCCACGAUGCAAGCUCUCAUUGCUUGCCCGCCCUUCAUUGAUUUUGUAAAGAAUGGAUUGAGCUAUUUGGGAAAUGAGAAACCCUCUGACCGCUUUCUCAAAAUCCACCAUGCAGUUCGUUCUUUGGUGGCUAAAAUUCAGGCCGGGUGGUCGUUGAUCUACUGCACCGAACUAUUAGAUCUUCUCGGAUUCGCAAGAAAGACGGAAGAGUGUGCCGAGUCUUUCUAUAGGGCAUUGUAUGACGCAUAUCUCUACAAAGCGUUCGCCAGCCCCAAGGAGAUCAAGCACUGGAAAUGCCUUCACUGCGGUCAUGUGAAAGUGAUGGAAGACAAUCAUGCUCGUCUUCAGUUGGCUCCAAUCAAAGGAAAAGAUGCCACAACCAACAUCAAGAUGAUGGUGCAAUACAAACGUGGACAAGAAAAAUUGGAGUUGCGCUGUACCCAAUGCGAUCAGAUGAGAGUGGGAACCCUAUUCACGACCUGUGUGCUUUCCAACAUCAUGAUGAUCUCCGCUGACCUACUGCGAAAAACCACCCUCUUCGCUGACUUCGAGGACACGGUGGACAUGAGAUAUUUGGAGGAAACCCCAGGAACCAGUGAGUGGAUCAGAGGAGGAGUUGUGCACUUCGAAGUGACCCGGCUCACCAAAGGGCACUAUGUGGCUGCGAUCAACAAAGGAAGACAACUGUACUUGAUGAACGACGGAAAAUCGGGCAGCCUUGUCCGGGAUCUCAAAGUGGUGUCAGAUGGGCAUGGGGAUCCUCGAUUCGCCAUUUAUUGGCGCAAAAACUGGGAGACAUGGAAUAAUGGAGCCGGAUUGAACGAGGGAUUCGAGGAUGCUUCAGAAUAG